AUGUCUCAUUACACCGGCUGGUCGAACCGCCGCGAAGGCCUGUCCCCUUUUGCGUCCCAAGACGCCGAUGGCGCACCGCGCGUAACGGAAGACGACUUUAGCUACAUAACAUCGGAAGAUCUCGAGCACUCGCUGCAGGCACCCGCCCGAGUUUACGAUUCGAAAAGACAGCCGCCGACAAGUGCGAAACCCGAAGAUGAUAUACUCCUGAUCAAGCACAAGGGGGUCACUUAUCCUGUCCACUUCCCUGCAUAUUCAAUCGGAGAUGGCAAGCUCCUCGUUCGCGAUGUUCGCGACCGAGUGGGGAUGGUGAUGCAAGUUAGCUCUGGCAAGGUCAAGCGCAUCAAGAUGCUCUACAAGGGUCGUCAACUCAAGGACCAGGACGCACCCAUCCGCGAAUACAAUGUCAAGAAUAAUAGUGAAAUUCUGGUGGUAUUGCCCGAGGGUUCGCCUUCUGACGAGGAGUCGGACAGCAGCGAAGAGAUUGUCGUCGCAGAUCCUCGCGAGGGACACACGAGCAAAAGCAAGAGCAAGAACAAGCGCAAGAAGAAGAAGCGAAGUCCUCGUGAUAGCUCACAAAACCUAGACGUCCCAGGCGGUGGUGCCGAUGGACGCAAAUCGGACACUGAGGACUCGAGACAGCCGAGCAGGAUGCCCUCGCCCCCAACAGUGCCCAGCAGCCCCAUGGAAAAGCUGCAGGCUAUCAAUUCACACUUCAACACCAAGCUCCUGCCAUUGUGUGUCGACUUCUCUGCCAAUCCACCAAGAGAUAAGAAGAAGUGCGAGGAUGAACACCGGAAAUUGAGCGAGACGAUUAUGCAGCAGGUGCUGCUCAAGUUGGAUGAGGUUGAUGCUGGAGGAGAUCCGGAUAUCAGGGCCAAGAGAAAGCAAUUGGUCAACCAGGUGCAUGAGGUGCUGAAGGGCAUUGACCAACAUUUGCCAGAAGGUUCUUCCAAGCCGCAACUAUACUAA